ACUAAAUUCACACGUGUUUUACCUGAUCAUUGCGCAAUAACCGUACCAUAAACAAAAAAAUGUUCGAACCGUCGUCUCCGCAAAAAGAAAAACAUUUCCAACAACCAUGCGCACCACCACAAACCAUUAAGGAUUCCAUCCGACACACUCUUUCUUUCACAUCGGGGGGAACAAAAUAAAAAGAAAAACCAAGUGAAAACAUCGGCUACAUGUAAUUCGUGUACCCGUUUUCAAUCAUUCAUAAUAUUUUGUGUAUCAGCCGACACACACCAUCAUAUCAGAAUUAUUUUCGCAAAGUCGGAAAAUCUUCUUGUUCAUUCUCAGUCGGAACCAUUCAAUCGACCGAAUUAGAGUUGCGAAUUUUUCUCGCGGAUUUCGUUUUGAUAAUAAAAGAAAAUUCUUUUUUUUUGUGAUUUUGAUUCGGUCUCUGGUGCUGAACGAUAAUAAAACGAGAUAUUGUUGUGGACAUUUUUUUUUCAUUGAUGGUUGUUAGAGUUCGGACACAGAAACGAAAAGUAUAAUUUGUUGUGAAUAAUUAUGUGAAAAAUGAAAUGAACAACGUUCUGUGAUAAUCGUACUUGUUGUGUGGUGGUGUAGGACGUUUUAGAUAUUAUUUAUAUUGGAAUAGAGUUGGUUGUGAUACUGUCAAUUGGGUGUCGAAAGAAAAGAAAAAAAAAUAUUUAAAUGAAAAGUCUGAAUCGGGUUCAUCUACUCGAAAGUGUUCUAGGAUAAAUAAAGGGACUCUCUUCGAUUAUUACAUUACGAUAUACGUAUAACAUAACAGCUAACAUGCGUCGCAAUGCAGAUAUAUUUUCUAUAUAACCAAAAAAAAAAAUUGAAUGAGUUUUCCGUUCUUUUUAAACUUAAAGUUUUUUUUUUAAAUUCUAACUCUCGUUGAACGAUUGCGUUUUUUUCCUUAGAACAAAAACAAAAAUUUUCUUUUUUUUCCAUAUUUUUAUGCCAUAUUUUACUACUAAGCACACUGUUUCCUGUAGAAACCUUGAUACGAUUUGUAUUGUAUAUGAUUUUGACGUAGAGUGUAGCAGUAGGUGCCUAUAUCAAAUAAAAAUUGAUUUUUCGAUGGUGCAUUUUCGCUUGACGAAAAUUUACUAUAGAAAAUAAUAAUGUCUCUCCGCUGCUGUCGAACCAUUAUAUAGGUCAUGACACUGGUGUUACUCUAUGGAUGAAAUGAUAAAUUAUAAUUAAAACGGAACAGCUUAUAAAGCAGUCGAUUAGUUUGGCCGAUGGAAAGAUUAUAUCAGAUUUGGAUGGCUAAUUUUUGACACACCAAUAAAUCCACUUUUGAUAGAAUUUUGAUGAUGACGGCCAGUUACCGCGUUCUCGACACAGUUACAUUUUGUCAUUGUGUAGUGGUUGUAGGAUGUAGUCUUUCCGCAUACUGUUGUAUACAUAGUAUGGCUCAACUGUAGAGUAUGAACCUCUUUUAGUGAUUGUAGAAAAUUAUGUUCUCCAUUGAAUUAACUGUAAGGAUUAUUGGCUAAUUCAGAGCAAUAAGUAGAAUUUGAAGUCAUAGUUCGAUUAGGUCCAACAGAAUCAAGUGAUGGAAUUCCAUGAAGUUGUGGCAUAAAAACAUUAUGCCGCUGAGUAUCCUUUCACAGAUUACAAGCAUGUCAUCAAUAUAAUCGUCGAAUCCUUUACGUAUUUCAAUCUGUGUACUCCCAACUGACUCAUCCCAGCGGGUCAUUUAAUUGAUCAUCUUUUUCAAACCGAAUGUAGCCCGGUUCAUUGCAUAUUUUCAUCAUAGCUGAUGAUAACACACAGUGCCGCAUCGAACAUAUUCGGGGCCCUGGACCAUUCAGGUCUCUAGCGCCAAUUUUCCUUUACAUAGGCAUAAUAAGGCAAGUUUUUCUUGUGGUAAAAAUUGUCUUGUUCCUUUAUCCUCGAUCAUAUUUCAGCGCCCUGCAUGGACCAUUUGGUCUCUAUGGAGAUGCGGCACUAAUAAAACACAUCAUACCAUUAGUGAAAGGUUUUAUACGACAUCAUCUUUCUCAUACGUUGCCCGUGUUGCCGUGUGUUUCUUUGUCGUUUCGUUGGUUUGUUAAUUGAAUUUUUGCGUUCGUCUUAGCGAAACUCUAGAAACUAGUGAGUAGAUUGAAGGCAAAAUUAUACUUUCAUUGCGUGCAUGACGCAAAACUUUACUGUCGAUUAGAGUUAAUGUCAAUUUUAGUUCAACCAUUAGCCGGAAAUUAGUAGAAACUUAUUCGUUCAAUUUCAAUAAAUUAAAGCGCAAAGCUCAUUCGUUCAUAUUUAAGUAAUUGCGGUGAUUCAGACAUCAUUCGGACAAUAUUGAAUACCGUGAACGGGGGAAAAUGAAUUCAAGCAUUCCGGGUAUUUGAUUUGAACAGUUAAACACGAACGAUAAAUGCAAUUUUGUGUAAAAAUGAGUCUGAAAUAGAGAAGGAAAGGAGGAAUAUCAAACACCAACCAACUCAACAUCAACCGGCCACAUUUGGGCUAUAUAAUUUACAAGAAUGAAAAAUAGGGAUAUGCUGACCACAAAUGGGAUCAUCCUAUCGUUAGUGACAUUGAUGUACACCGAGCUGAGUGUGGCAUAUCGAUGUUUUCCACCAAUUUUUGGUGUAAUCUGGUUUUGGAUACCGCAAGUGGCUGCUGAAUGUCAGACUCGGUCAAUCUAUUGUUAUGAAUGUGACUCAUGGACAGACGCUCGCUGCAAAGAUCCAUUUAACUACACGGCUUUGCCGAGAGACCAGCCACCAUUGAUGACGUGUAAUGGAUGUUGUGUGAAAAUGGUUCGCCAUUCGAAAUCACCAUACGAGGUAGUGCGUAGAAUGUGUACAUCACAGUUGCAAAUAAACUUAUUUAUGGUUGAUCAUGUGUGCAUGAUGGAAAGUUCGGGAAAGGGCCAUAUGUGUUUUUGUGAGGAAGAUAUGUGUAAUUCAAGUCCUGGCUUAUUAACGAAUAAUAAUACGCGAAGAAUAACUAUAUUUGGAAUAAUUCUGAUAGCAAUUUCACUAAUAUACUCCCAUCUUCAUCAGAGAUAAGUCAUUAAAAAAAUAUUUAUAUGCAAUUGAUACGACAAUAUGUGGAGGCACAGUCAUUGUGUCGAGGAUAAUGUUUAAAUUGGAUAUAUCUAUUUGUGACCGAAUCUAAACUGUUACACUUAUAUCAUGUUAGUAAAAGAGAGAUUUUCGUUUUGUUGACACACUAUCAAUCAACUAUUUUAUUUAUGUGAAACGAAUUUAUUUGCAUUACAUAACACAUCAUUCAACAAAUUAACUGUGUACAAUGCCAAAUAUUUGGAUCUGGUAGCGAGGGUCACGACUUAAUAUUGAAGCGUGACCAUUUCGAGUAGUUCGAUGCAUAAAAGAAAUUGCUAAAAAUACAAUGCAUUGAAAUGACGUUGUUUUACGAUAGUAUACGAGUCGUCGGUGAGUUUGGCAAUAGCGUUCAGGUGAGUUUUUCGUUACGUACAUCAAACAAGACUUUAGUUUCCUUAACUUCGAAAUUAUAGUCCUUGCUAUCUCCUCAGGAACCGACUUGUUG